AUGAAGUCUACAGGUGCCUUUGAUGCGAGCAUUAGCAUGAUUGCCGCGGAACUACUUCCAACCGAAGCAACAGCACCAGCACCAGCACCGGUAGUAGCAGCCGAUAAGAAGCAAUUGGAAAAGCGCAUGAAAGCAAUCCUGAAAGAAAAAGGCAACAAGAGCUGUUCGGAAUGUCGCUCGCACAAACCCAAAUGGAUGUCUCUCCUGGCAGCGCCGAUUGACCAAGACCACUGCAUGUUGGGCGUCUUGGUAUGCCACACGUGCCGCGAGUACCAUUUGGCACUGGGCCAAGAACUCUGUCAACUCAAGAGUCUCAAAGAACCAGAAACGUGGACGGAACGCGAUAUUGUCACGUUGGAACACAGUGGCAACAGUGCCGUCAAUGCCAUUUAUCAAUCGGCAUUGGAAGGCAAUCAUACCGACAAACACAUUGGGUCGCUGGCGAGUGCUGCCUUUGUGCGGUCCAAAUAUCAAGAUUGUCAGUACUUUACGGAAGAAGCGUAUCAUCGACAAAUGGCAUUGCGGGCCGCUGGUAAAGACGUCACUGAUCGCCCACCCACACCCACUACGGAAGAUAAAGUGCGACGAGCACUCGGCAAGCAAGGUUCCAUUCGAAAUUUGACAGGCUUGACGAAUCUACAAAGCUCCAUUCGAAGUUUGGCAGGUAUCAAUCAAGGCUCUAUUCGAAAUUUGGGAAAAGAAGGGUCCAUGAGGAUGUUGUUGCUCCCCAAGAAUAACAGCAUUCAAAAAUUGGAUGACAACAACAACAAUGCUAGCACUAUCAAAAACAACAACACUAAUCAGGGAUCCUCGUCCAUGAUGUUUGCAUCCAGUGCCAACCUUUCUUCCUCGUGGGUCAGUCAUCAUCCGGACGGGGAUAACAAUAACGCCAGCAAGAACCACAACAGUCUGAACAGGAGCUUUGAAUUAUUGGAACAGAACCACAGCAAUCCUGACCUGCAACAGCAACCACAAGAACUGCCAGUACUGUCCCUCAAAGAACGACGCCAGCAGCGACGUACCAGGUCCAGGCGCAGCAUGUUGGUGGACACGGAUGAUCAAGCGGGGAGCAGCAACAACCAGGAUAGUGGUAUUAAUCUGUCCGACGGGGAUUCCGAACCGGAAGAAACAUUCCAUCGUUCUGCUCCGAGACUCACAAUGAUGAGAAAAUCGGGCUCGAACAGGGAUUUGAUGAGAAAAUCGGGAUCGCAUAGGGAUUUGAUGAGGAAAUCGGGCUCGUACACUGAUUUGCUGCAUCCUGGAGGAAGGAACCGAGCCAUGAACCGAUCGUCUUCGCAGGUGGACUUGUUCAAUAGAACCAAUUCAUCGUCCAAUCGACGAUUGGCCGCGAGCAAGGCAUUGUCGCAAAAAGAUCUCAUGGGUUGUCCCAAUACCAGGGUGGUACCACCAAUAAUGAAGAAAUCCUUGUCGCAAAAAGAUCUCAUGGGUGGUCGCAGUAGUAACAGCAGGGUACCAAUGAAGAAAUCCUUGUCACAAAUGGACUUGAUGGGGUCGCCGUCGACAUCCAGACCCAAGUAUCGACGAGCCACAUCCAAGCAACGACUGGUGUUGGCGAACGAAGAGUCAUUUCGAAAGGGACUACCACCCAAAAGCAAUAGUCAACCACACCGACGAAACCCUCGAUCAGACUCCAACCGCAUGCUCGUGGAACGAAACAACAAAGGAACUAGUACUACCGAGACGGGCUGGAGUACCGGUAGGCCCAACCGUGCAGCCCGAAAUACAUCCAGCAGAGACAGUGCACAACAACCACAAAGUGAAACCAAUCAUGGUCGGAAAAAGGAAAUGCGAAGAUCUCGGUCCGGAUCGGAGGAGGAAGGGGAUCGCGGGAAGACGAGUCGUCGGGCAACUCAGCCGAGCAACAACAAUUCUCGUAGGUCCUUAUCUCCUGAUGGCUCACCACCACCCAAAACAAACAAGCACCGAGGUCACCAUCCCAAAUCUAGUAGUAAAGCUCCGAGAUCCUUGUCGCCCAUGGAACGACGAAAGGAACAAAAGCCAAGACGUUCGUCUUUGGCCAGGUUGACGUUGACGGCCCCAAGCGGACACGACGAUGAGAGUUUUGGUGCCACCGCUUCCAGCUCUAUGUUUCCGGAACGAACGACCGUCAAGAAACCCAACCGUCGUAUUAUGUUGGAGUCACAGUCAGAUGAAGACGGGCUGAUGAGAACAUUGAAAAUGAACCACAAACCUCAUGCAACCUUGUCGGCGGACGCGGCGAUCGAGGGGGUGCGAAGGAGUGACAAACCGAGACGCAGGACGAAACGAGGCUCGGGCAGAGAUGUCGUCGGAGUUACGAAAGCAAAGCGUAGCUCGAGUAAACGCAGUCAACCCGUCAAGGCACUGUCUGCUUCGAGUGGACUAGACUUUAGGCAGGAUUGGGAGAAAGAGGUCUCUCUGGAAUCCACAAAGAAAGCUAGCUUGUCGGAUUCAGACCCGCUCGUGUUAAACUGGGAAGGAUCAGACGAUGAAUCCGAUGGUAACGAGGGCAUACAAGACUGUCAGCUUCGUGAUUCCUUGGAUGCUACUGACGCAGACGAUGCGGUUUGA